AUGACAAUGGAGGCGGAGCGCGAGGCCGGCGAGGAGGAGCCGCGGCGCCCUCUUCUCCCACCCUCUUCGUCGCCAGGUUCUCCCUCUCACCUGGGGCGGAGCAGCUCGUCGGCGCUGCGCGGGGGCGGCGGAGGGUGGGCGGAGGUCAGCGCCGCCGAGGUCAAGUCCGCCGCCUCCUUCUCCUCCUCCCCCAACUACUAUCCCCCGGCGCCCAAUCCUCACCACGACGCCGUCUACCCACCGUCCAUCCACAGCGCCGUCCUCUCCCCAUCCCCGGCAGCUGCUGCCACUCCUCCGCAUUCGCAUGGUAAUCCUCGUUUGGCGAUUGUUCCUCAAGGGCCGUACCCGUACGGCGGUGAUUACCAGCCUUCGCAGGGCGCCAGGAGGGAUGUACUGGAUGAGGUGGAGGUUCGGCAGAUGCUAAUCGAACAUGUUGGGCAUCGAUGUUGUUGGGGCAGCCGGCCUGCUCGGACAUGGAAGAUUACAUCCAUCAAGGACUGCUGCGAUGUAUAUGUUGGAACCUUGGAAACCUUCAUCGAGCAAAGAGACGCCAUAUUAGAAAGGGAACCCUAUCAUGGUGGGGAAGUAGAUGGGAGAGACAAGGGCCCUGUCCUUGGGGUGUGGGAACUAGAUUUGAGGUCCGAGUUUCCUCCGCUCUUUGUACCGGAGAAAGAAGUAAGGGUCAAGAUUCCUCAUUCACAAGUUACUGAGAAGUGCUCAGAUUGCGAGGGUCGUGGAAAGGUUCCAUGUCCUACUUGCAAUCCUGGUCGGCAGUACGGGUUUUACAUGGCAAAUCAAAUGACUCAGUGCAGUGUAUGUCAGGGCAGGGGUUCACUCGCUCAGCAAGAUGAAUCUGAUUCAGUAUGUUGGAUGUGCAAUGGUCAAGGAGUGUUGCCCUGCACAGAAUGUGGAUCCCGUGGCCUAGUAACAUGCCGGACAUGUAAUGGCUGCGGUUCCCUUCUUACACAAAGCAUUGCUCGCGUUCGAUGGGAGACGCUUACAGCGAGAAAAGUUAGUGCAACAGCAGAAACUGCUGCGGUCCCUGACGAAGUUUUCCACAGAGCGCAAGGGGCGCAACUAUGCAACAUACAGGCAUACCAAUGCACUCCUGCUUUCUUUGCCGAUUCAUACCCACUCAACCAGUUGUCCUCGGAUGUUGUUGCUAGCCGGCUGCCAGUUCCACCAUCCGCAAUUGUCAUUUCGGAGAGACACAUCAUCUCGGUCGUGCCCGUAACCCAUGUCACUAUGUCGCACCGUAAGCGAUCUUUUAGCUUCUACGUCGUUGGCUACGGCAGGGAUGUUUUCGUGCGGAACUACCCUUCGAGGUUUUGCUGGGGCCUCUGCUGUUGCUUCGAAUGGUUGGGGAAUUAG